AAUCUGUACCCCCAUAAUAUACCGAAAAAAAAAAAAAUUUGGAUUCAGUCAAAAAGGCUGUUAGGUAGGAAUGGAGGUAUAUAGGUGGCAGGGCAGUCAGCCAGACAUGUGGGUGGCAGGGCCAGUGAUAAGGGGAUGUGGUCAAGGGUUAGGGUUGUGACCAAUAGAGACAGAGAAAAAAAAAACUGUAACAGCAAGAACUUGAGGUUAGGGACUUUUCCAGACUGGGAGCAUGUGCAGAAGCUAGGAGCUUAUGACCAAAGGGUAAACUUUCCCUCAUUAACAUAGUAAAACUCACAACUCCUAGUGCUGGGACAGUUUCAGAGCCAGCCAUAUAAGGACAGAAAAUGGGAGGGUAUAUGAUUCCGGGAAUCUCCACCCGAUUCCCUGAAAAGACAUGAGUAUUCCACCCCCAGUUUAGCAUAUUAUUGAGGAUUAGCAUAAAGCACAGACCCUAACCCUGCGAUGAGGCUGUUCUUUAUUGGAACAGUUUGCUCCCUCCUGACCUUGACAGUGUAUGUACUUUCUACACUCUAUCUUUAAACUCAGGGUCAUCUUCAUUCAUGGGGACAGACCUAUUCCUCUCUCUGGAAGUUACUUUCACUUUGCAAUAAAACUUGUGUGGAAGUGCUUUGUGUCUGUCAUCACUCCAUGUCACCAGCCCUGCUUGCGAUUCUUCCACGCAAGGAGCCAAAAAGCAGGACAACUCUCCCUAACCACACCUGACAUUUUGGUGCUGAGACCUUUUCCUCUUUCUGCUUCCCCUGCUCCUCCUCCUCUUCCUUCUUGGUCUUGGCUACAUUUCCCCAGGCCAGCCACACUCCCUCCCUGGCUGUCUGUCACUCCAUCACACCAGCUCUGCUUGCGAUUCUUCCGAAUGAGGAACCAAAAACCAGUACAACUUUCCUUUAACCACACUCAAGGACUGUUAAACAGUCUUCAUGGAGCUGACAUUUGGAGAGUAGGGGACUAGCUGCAUGGGUAACACAUUCAACAAGUAAUAAAUACUGUCUUCAGAAAAAAUUGCAAUGGAGGUAAUAAACAUGGUACAGCAUGUUCUUUUUAUAUUGUAGAUGUAACAUAACAGUUUUCUUGUUAAACAUUGUAUCAGUCAGGGUCUCAGUAAGGAACAAGUGGCACACCCAGAUUAGGGUAAAUGGAGGGGGGUUUUGUAUAGGAACAAUUGACAAAGAUGUGGUCAGGGUGAAAGGAAACCACCACGAUGAUUCAUCCCCAGUGCUGGUGACAGUAAAGCGUCCCUUGGCCUAAUGGGGCCAGAGUAGAGAGAGGUUUCUGAAAUUCUGAAGGAAAUCAUUUGGUAUAGUUGGACACAUUGAAAGGUUAGUUGAGGAAAAUAUCCGUACCAUUUAACCUUGCAGAGGAGUUUGGUUAAUAAAUGCCUCAAGCUUAUAUUCCUCUCUUCUGAUCUUUCUCUGAUUUUCUCCCCACUGGCUGGGCCCGUCUGGAAGCCAGAAGGCGAUAGAGUGUGUGGAUGCAGUCCACAAAGGUCAGCUGUCCAGGGCGCGGAGUGGGGAGAUAGGGAAUGUAGAGGGUCAAGCAGAGGAUAACCAGCACAGACAAUAACCAUAUAGAGUUAUUUUUAAGAGUGUUUUGACAGAGUGCAGUAGAUAGGCAACUAUGCCAUAUAGUAUAAUAGUGUAAGUGUUGAGGUUAGAGGACUGGAAUUGGGAAACUAGGAUUAGUGGGAUAGUUGCUUGGGUAAAUUUUGAUGUUUGUGGAUAUAUUUUUAAACAUAAGCCAAUGUGAGCUUUCAUGAGUGUAUCAGCUUAAGUUUUAUAAUGUGUCUCAGACACAUUAUGAAACUUAAUGAUAGGGCUUUAGGGAGUGGCCCUUGAUUCUAGCUCUGGUUCCAGUUUGUUUAUUCAUUUGUUCAGCCAUUCAUUCAUCAAAUAUUUUUUUCCUCUUUUUUUUUUUUUUUUUAAAUUUAGGUUCACAUUUGGCCUGGUAAAGGCCAAAACUUUUGUGUACAGCUUAAUAAAUUUUUACAUAGUGUAAUACUUGUGUAACUACCACCCAGGUCUACUUAUAGAAAUUUCUAGCACUCCAAGAGGCUUCUUUGUGUCCCUUCCUGUUCACUUCCUUUUGCCCCCACACUGUGGGGACUUUUGCUGGCAUCAGCAAAUUUUGUCUGUUCUGGAUCUUCAUAUAAAUGGAAUCCUAUAAUAUGUAUUCUUUUGUGUCUGGCUCCUUUCAGUCGUCAUUGUGUCUAUAAGAUUUAAUGUUGUUUGCAUAUAGCAUAGUUCAUUCCUUUUCUUUGGUAUUGUUUCCAUGGGAGAAUUCCUUCCUGGCGUUUCCCAGGAAAUAUGUUUUUCUGACUCCUGAGAAAAACCACUUAAGAAAUUGGGAAAAUAUUAUAAUUUUCCUAUGAGAAUUAAAGCUUGACAAUCAAUGUGCAGACAUUGUUGGUUGGGAAUAAUUCACUGACAUUAAGUGUAGAGCUAGGGCGGGAGUUGUGGAGGGGAAGAAGAUUAAGAUCAAAGAUUUUGGGAACUGUGACAGGAACACCUAGGAGAAAUGUGGCCACAGUCUCACUGGUCACCUUGCUGUUGGCUCUUUCCUUGUCAUAGAUGUUUGCUCCAGGUCCUCUCUGAUGCUAGUGGUAAGUCAUUCUUGCAAAUGAAAUAACUUCAGCACAAAUAUCUUUAUACACAUAGUACAUGUUAUACAAAUCCUGUGAUUGCACAAUAAAUACCAAAUUUUGGAAGUAAACUGAAUUUUUUAAUUGACAGUUUCUAUAUAUGAUUUUGUACAGUGCUAUUUACCUUGCUAGAUCUUCACAUUAAAUUAUUUGACUACUACCUAGUGGUGUUCACUAGCAUUUUCUGUGUUGAAAUAUUUAAGAUACAGACUUUUGUAAAUAAUAUAAAACUUUAAUAUUUCCUUUUUAUUGAACAUUUUUUUAGAUGAUAAAGAGUAUGAAGAAUGUUACUUUUUGUUUCCAUUUUCUCACUUCUGAAUCCCAAAGAUUAAUACCUGUGAGGAAUUUGGAAACACUAUUGCUGAGUAGUAUUUCAGAGAAUAAAUGAAUAUACUGUGACAUUUAUUUAUCCAUUCCAUUGUUAUGGACCACUUGGGUUGCUUUAGUUUGGGACUAUCACGAGUAAUGCUGCUGUGAACGUUCUGUCUUUGGGUAGGUACCACCACUCAUUUCUAGUGGGAAUCAAUAAACAUUUUUAAAGUACCUUUAGUGUGUUAGGCAGGCAUUGUGCCCAGUGAAGGGAAAGCAAGUCUUGUUCUAAGGAAGUCUUCUGCUUCCAGAGAGUGACUUGGACAGCAGGUCAGAGUGGCAGUAGAGGGACAACAGGGAAGGGGCACAUGGGGCUGCUUGGUUUCUCCAGCUGUGAAAUGGGUUAAAUGGUGGGAGUGGGAAGAGAGGAUAGGGGCAGAAGGCUGGGUUGGACUCAGCUGUUCCUCAGGCAGAGCUUUUCAGCUUUGGGCUGGGGCUGGGAUAUAGGCAGAGGGGGAAUGGGCAUGGGGACCUCCUGAGAAGCCUCUUCCUCAUCACCCCAAUAUCACAGAAAUAUCAUCUCUCUCUUUUGUGUGCUAUAUAACACGAUGAAUUUGGGAAAUUUCUGGGUUUUUUUCCAGUUAUCGAGUACUGUCAUUGUAGAAAUUCUUCCUGUGGUUUACGAAGCUUGGGUAUUUCAACUCUAGCGUAGUCCCAUCACAGUAGUUGUGUGUUCAGUGGCCUUUCUACUUCAGCCAUUGUCAAGGUGGGGUAGGCAGAUGGAGCCAGGGGUAAGAGUUUCAUUUUGGAGAGAGUGGGGAGGGAAGCAUGUAAGCACUCGCCACACUGGUGCACAGGACAGCAUUGUGUAGGCAGCGGGUGCAGCUUUCUGGGUUGCUUACCUAGGGUGUGUGUCUUCUAAACUUGUGAAUUUCAUGUUUGGUGUUUUGCUGAGCGUUGCCAACUUUGGGACCUGUUGGGCUUAGAUUACUGGGGCGCUAAUGAGUCACUUAUGCUGAGCCUCCUAAGGGAAAAGGGAACAGAGGUCAGAAUCUAACAGCGUCACUAAUGGCCGUGUGUGAGCUUGUGUGCGUGAAUGAAACCUUGGCGGUGGCCUGUUUUUAAAGGCAUAGGGUGGGCGCUUUAUUGCUCUCAAGUUAUUGAUUUUUGUUGUUAUUGUUCUGUUUUGCUCUCCUGGUGCGGAGAGGGGAUUGUCCAGAGAUGAGCCCUGAAAGAACAUAGAAUCUGAUUCUGUUUCUUAAUUUUAGUCUCCCCCUUAGGAGCUACUACCCUCUUUCAUGAUUCCUUUCUUGGUAUUGAAAUGUUCAGCCGUGAAGUCAGAGCUUUGCAACUUUCGAUCCUUCAGCCCGAAGGGGGCAGUGCAGAAAGGCAAAUAGUAAACUCCCCUUUACCUUGCGAUACAUUUGGUUUGUUUGUCUUUCUUUACCUUUUUUAUUUUAAACUGCCUCAAAUCCUUUUUGGAAACAGAUGAGGGUUUGAGUAGUGAAUGAAUAAACUUUCCUUUAUCCAGAUUCAAACAGCCAGAAAACUAGGUAAGGAUUGUUUCCCCAGCUUUGUUAAUGAGAGAAAAACUCAGAUCAUGAUUAUAAAAAAAUGAGUAGAAUGUUUAGAGUAUGUCCAAGAUUAGUUCAGCUCUACCUCAAUCUAUCACUCCAAUUGCUUUUCUUUCUGUUUCAGUACCAUAUGAUGUCUUUAUCUAGUACCCAAGGGUGUUCCUAGUUACCGAAGUGCCUUGGGAACCAUCGGGAGCGCUUCAGUAAUUGCUCCCCACACAAACAGUGUUGUCCCCUUCAUGUCACUUCUCUGUUGAAAACCUUCCAUGGCUCCCACAAUCAUUCACUUAAAAAUCAUCACCAUCGACCUGGCGUUAGGGGCCACCAGGCUUCUGCCCACCUCCACAACCUAUCUGUGGCCUCCACCCUCUUCGCUCUCUCUGCUUCAGGUCCUUUGGGGUCCUUUAGUCUGUUGAUCUAUUCCUGCAGGAGUAAGUGCUCUACUUGGAUCAUGCCCUAUCUGCCCUCUCCCUCUCCUUAUUCUUCCAAUCUUCUUCCCUGACUCUAUAGGUGAGGCUUGGUUUUUCUAUUUUACUCUCCCACAUCAUCUGUACCUCUAAUAUUCACUUGUUAUUAUAAAAUGUCAGUUCUUCUCCAUACAAGAUGAUCCCCCAUGAGGACAAACUCUGGGUUGUUUUUGCUUAUUGCUAUUUCCCUGGCACGCUGUUCAAUGCCUGCUAAACUCUACAUGCUCAGGAGAGAUUUGUUGAAAAAUUGAAAUAUGUACUUUACAGUUGUCAAGAUUUUUGACAGUAGCAAUCCACAUUCAGUAGGUCCCAUCAAUUCCUGGAUAGCCAUCAUUUUUAACAAGUUAGUAUCAUCUCUAUUUUAAUAAGCCUGCAAGUAUUUGUAACUUUUCAUGCUAGGUGAUUGUCAGCAACGGUGGGAUGGGUGGAAAGUGGAUUGUUCGUACGUAGGCCGAUGGACUCAGCCCCUGCCUUUGUGGAUAUGCAUGCCACCUUCCGUGUGAGGUAAACCUUUACUAUUAGAAACUUUCAUUUUCAUGAUCUUCAUUGAUGGCCUCAAUAAUUGCUGAACUUGGCAGGACAAAGGUCUUCUUAUCCCUAUCUUACAACUAAGAGAUGUUUUUGAUGAAAAUCAGGUAAUGUCUGGUUGAGAAGUUGCAUCAAACAUUUGCUCUGAGGAUGGUGAUGACCAGUUAGGCCACACUGAUUGGAAGGAGAGAGGUAUAGGGUUACAGUAAACGCAGGAAACCAUUCUCAGUUUGGAAGUCAUAUAUUUUGACCUUAACAGGACAUAUGAUGAGAAACUGUCUUUAGAUCUGCCUGUUUCAAUGUGGGCCUUGUGUUUUUAAGGACAAGGGUAAGCAAGACAGAAAUGCACAGUAGGUCCUGUGCACUCACACUUUGUCCUCACUAGGCUUGGGGCUUUAAAUGUUUCUAGUUUAUUCCAUCUUACAGAUAGGAAGCUGAGAGUCAGAGGAUGUCAUUUACCAGGGAGACUCAGUUGGGGAACGGAAUUGGGAUUCGAAUCUAGGUGUCCUGACUCAUGUUAGGGACUUGUGUCAGGGAAGUCUCCUUUGUGGAUUAAGAAAGAGAGAGGGGCAGUCACGAUUGUGUGGUUUUGAGAUUAUUGUGUGUCUAAGCAUUCCUGGGCCCAGAGCCUCAGUAUUUGAUUGUGUAAUCUAUUUCAUGAAGAUUAUUAGCCUUUUCCUUUGCUAGUCUUUCUGAUAAAUCUUAGGACCUUGCUCUACUCUUAAACAUCAUCCAUCCAAGUACUAUUGAUAUACAAUUUAUUUUCCUCUUGUAAUUGCUCUGGUGCCUCUAAUAUAAUGUGAAGGCUGCAGCUGCCCUGUCUCCUGUUGUUUGAAUCCCUUUCCUAGCUCAGUUCAGCAGGUUAUAGACAGCAUUGAUGGCUGCCUGAAGAGUAGUGGUGUUUUCCAUUAUUGAUAAUGUCAGUGGCAGGUUUGUUGCUGUGGCCUGUGCAGGCUGGAGUAGGGUCGUGGAUGACAGCUGAUGCAGAUAUGCUUCCUUCCUACGGAACUGGACAUAGCCUCAGGUGCAAGCUGAGGUCAGGUGGCUUUUGAGAGGGUGAGGUUUGCAAAGCAAAGAGGCCAGUUAGAGUCUGGGUAAUUGACAGCCUGCAUUUUGACACAGCCCAACUGUGACUAGAGCCUGGGUAGGGUCAGCCACAUACUAUGUGACUCUGGAUAGUUGUGCUUGUGUUUUUUUCUGGUGAUAGGGGAGACAGCGUGAUUGAAACAUCAAAACUCAGUUGGAGCCAGCUUUCCAGUUCUGGAUUAUUUUAUUCACUGUUUCUGUCUCCUCCACCACCUAUACAACAUUAUUCUCUUAUUUCAUUACUAAAUAUUCCACAUUUAUUUUAACAACUAGUUUGUGGCCUACUUAAUCAGUUAGUGUUUUAUUUUAUGGACAUAGUUUCAGUUAGCAGGCCAGUCCCCAAACUUACCAUUUCAUUGGCUAUAGCAUUUCCUACCCUGCUUUGUCUGGUAGUUUGAUUAGCCAGCCACUAAUGCCAGUCUGGCUUAUGCCUGGUUUUUCAUGAUUAUAUGUGACAGUGAAUACACGGAACAGUUGCACUUCCUUCCUUCCCUGGUCACAGUGCAAAUAACCUUUUCAUUCCAUAGACCAGAAAAUAGAACCCUGCUGUGUUAAAAAAUUUUCCUGUAUGUCUUAACCCUGGACUUAUUUCUUUAUCACCUAUGACUGAUUGUUUAGAAAGAGAAAAAGGUCAAGGACCAGUGAUACCCACUUCCCACUCACUGGCAGUUAGGAGUUUCGUCAGCAACAAAGUUCCAGAAAACUCAACACAAACUUGCUUAAGCAAAAUAUGAAUUUAUUGAUUGUGUCCCUGAAAAGUUCAUGGGGAGAGCUGGUUUGAUAAAAGGAGUCAAAUGAUGUCAUUGGUCCUUGUUUAUUUCCUUUCCUGGUCUGUCUCCCUUUGCAUUGACUCAGCUUUCAAAGAGCAUCACCCUUCUGGCUGCAGCUGCCUCUUCUCUGUUUCAAGUCCAGUGGGGAGAUGGAUUCUGAAGAGUCAGACCAUGAGGGUCCCACGAAUGGUGCAAAAGCUGGACCAAAAACUUCCAGUGGCUAAUGAGUACCUGUUGCUCUCUGGUGGAGUCCGGGAAGGUGUGGUGGACCUGGACCUAGAUGAGCUUAAUGUCUAUGCCCGGGGGACUGACUACGAUAUGGACUUCACCCUUUUGGUGCCGGCCCUCAAGCUGCAUGACCGUAAUCAGCCUGUGACACUUGAUAUGCGCCACUCAGCCUUGUGCCACUCCUGGCUGAGCCUUCGGCUCUUUGACGAAGGGACGAUCAGUAAAUGGAAAGACUGCUGCACCAUCGUAGAUCACAUCAAUGGUGCCACCAACUACUUCUUCUCCCCUACCAAAGUGGCCGACUGGUUCUAUGACUCCAUCAGCAUUGUACUAUCAGAGAUACAGAAGAAACCCCAGCGGGGGAUGCCAAAGGUAGAAAAGGUAGAAAAAAAUGGGACCAUCAUCUCCAUCAUUCUGGGUGUAGGGAGCAGUCGCAUGUUGUACGAUAUUGUCCCUGUGGUGUCUUUCAAAGGUUGGCCUGCAGUGGCCCAGAGCUGGCUCAUGGAGAACCACUUUUGGGAUGGGAAGAUUACUGAGGAAGAGGUCAUCAGUGGGUUUUACUUGGUGCCUGCUUGCUCCUACAAGGGUAAGAAGGACAAUGAGUGGCGGCUGUCCUUUGCCAGGAGUGAGGUGCAGCUGAAGAAGUGUAUCUCUAGCAGCCUCAUGCAGGCCUAUCAGGCCUGCAAAGCCAUCAUCAUUAAACUCCUGUCCCGGCCCAAGGCUAUCAGCCCCUAUCACCUGCGGAGCAUGAUGCUCUGGGCCUGCGACAGACUUCCUGCCAGCUACUUGGCUCAAGAAGACUAUGCAGCCCACUUUCUGCUGGGCCUCAUUGAUGACCUGCAACACUGUCUGGUCAACAAGAUGUGUCCCAAUUAUUUCAUCCCUCAGUGCAACAUGCUGGAGCACCUGUCAGAGGAGACAGUCAUGCUCCACGCCCGGAAGCUCUCCUCUGUACGCUCAGACCCGGCUGAGCACUUGCGCACCGCCAUUGAGCACGUCAAGGCGGCCAACCGGCUGACACUGGAGCUCCAGAGGCGAGGUAGCACCACCAGCAUCCCCUCCCCGCAGUCCGAUGGAGGGGACCCCAACCAGCCUGAUGACCGUUUGGCAAAAAAACUGCAGCAGCUCGUGACUGAGAACCCGGGAAAGUCAAUCUCUGUCUUUAUCAACCCUGAUGAUGUCACAAGGCCCCAUUUCAGAAUUGAUGACAAAUUUUUCUGAGUGUUUUGCUGACUUUUCCCCCUGGUUCUAAAACUCUCAUAAUAUGUGUAGUGUGGUUUGUGAUGCUUUCUGUUUUUUGCAUAUCCAGCCUCAAUUGGAUUUGUUAAAAACAAAUUUUAAGUUUCCUGGUUCUGCAGGAUGGUGCAGGCUCUGAAACAGUAUAUUACUAUUUCAUAUUCUGCCUCUGAUUUUGUUGUAGUUAUUGUCACAAAGUUUUGUUUGUUGGUUGCUUUUUUUUUAAGGAGAACUUGAGCCAUAGGUAAAAAUGCCCAUGAGUCCUCUUGCUUUUUUUCUGUUUCGCACUUUGUGCAAAUUUGUUAAUGUUUAUGGGGAAACAGAACUCUUUGACAAUUAAGAAUUCUAUUAUGUUCUUUUUUGUCUUUCUUUUUUAAUGAGCUUUCACGACUACUGAUUUUUGAGAAUCAUAUGAAGUGGGGAACUACCUGGCAGAUUAGCUGGAUUUAUUUCUUUUGACCAGUGGCCAAAGUAGUUUACCCUCUUUCCACCAGACAAUGUAAACUUUGAAAGUGAGAAUGCUACGAAUUGUGUUUUGGAGCAACUUCAUUGAAUGUAAUUGUCCUCAAAUCAGAGAACAUUGGAUGGUUUGGAGGGUGUGUUUGACAGUUUUCCAAACAGAAUUAAGGUUUCCAAAUGUUAGUUUAGCAUAUGUAAUUAUUUGAAGCCUUAUUUAAAUCCUAUUAAAGAACAUACCAUUAUAAUUAUUAUUUGCACUAAUGAAAUCUUUGCCAUUGUCAGAAUUGCAAAGUGUGUUUCAAUAUAAAUUAACAUCCACUGUUGAAGUGCUAUAGUUUUUUCAUUAAGUCCAUUUCGCUCUAUCAAUGGAAUGAUUCUUUGCAUUUGUUUAGUUCUCCUUUAAUUGUGGGGUCCUGUUUUGCCCUCUGUGAUAUUCAUGGUUCCCGUCAUACUAGAGAAGUUUUUAAAGCUUUAUACCAUUAAUUGACUCUAUCUAAAGCUGGGGAAAAUGUAUACUUGAUAAAGUAGGUGUCUUUGUAUUUAUUUCUUUUGGGGUAUGCUUUUUUGUAAAGUCUCUUUACUUCUCCUGAGAGUUUUGAGGAAAACUGGCAGGAAGAAUUUAUAAUCCCCAAAUAGAAGAUCCCAUGUCUGUUCAAAAGCAGAUUUUGCUAUAGAGCAGGAACCAGGAAAUAUCUGGAUGGCAGGCUUGUUAUAGAGGUGUCCUGUCUUCAUGAAUGAAAUUACUUGCCAGGUUUAGAUGCUGCAAGGCUUUGGUCCCUGUUUUGGUAUGGACUCAUGGCAAACCAGUAUUUGAGGGAUCAGGGGUCUGCUGAUCUCUCAAAGCACGCCAUGAUGUCUACUAAUGGAAAGGCCAAGCGACAUCUUGGUGUUGGUCUUGAAUGUCCAGACUCGUAGGUUGGACUUUGGCCAAUUGAGAUCAGAUAUGUGGUCUUGGGUUUUUGCAUGGGAAUUAAUGUAAUGCUUUUAAAUGAAAAUGAGAUCAUUCAACCAUCUUAAGUCAAACACAAUAAUAAUAAAAAGAAACAUACUGGCCUUGAAAUUUUGUUGUUGUUCAUUUG